AUAAAUGAAACAUGAAACUUCGUUCUUGGCAGCAAUCGUUCAAAAAUGGAGCUCCACCACCUCAAUAAGGUUAGCCCGUCAACUACACGCUCACAUACUUCUUGUCUCUGCCAUAUUCACGGGACCGUCGGCAUCGCCUUUCCUGAGCAACAACCUUCUCUCCAUAUAUGCAAAAUGUGGCUCUCUCCAGGACUCCCAACGGAUGUUCGACAGAAUGCCUCAAAGAAACAUUGUAUCAUUCAACGCCCUCAUAUCGGCCUACUCUCGACUUCCCCAUCAUGCCCUUUCAGCCUUCCAACUGCUUCCUUUAAUGAUAAACGAAGGUUUUACGCCAAAUAGUUUGACCUUCUCGAGCUUAAUUCAAGCAUCUUCUUCCCUCGAGGAGCAUUCCCUAGGCUCUGCUAUGCACUCCCAAGUUGUGAGAUAUGGCUUCUUCAAUGGUGUCUGUGUUCAGACCUCCCUGCUAGGGAUGUACUCAAAUUGCGGCGAUUUGGAGGCUGCAAACCAGGUCUUCAGCUAUAUCGUUGAUAGAGAUGCUAUUGCUUGGAACUCUAUAAUUUUUGGAAAUUUUAAGAACCAGAAAAUUUUGGAAGGUCUCCAACUUUUUGGAAGCAUGGUUAGGGAUGGUUCAAUACCUACCCACUUUACAUAUUCGAUGGUUCUGAAUGCUUGUAGCAGAAUAAGAGAUUGUAGAAGUGGGAAAGUCAUCCAUGCCCAUGUGAUUAAAUCCGAUUCACCAGCUGACGUGCCUUUGCAGAAUGCCCUGCUUGACAUGUACUCUAAUUGUGGUGAAACGGGGACUGCAUUGUAUGUCUUCAAAAACAUCAAGAACCCAGACCUUGUUUCUUGGAAUUCAAUGAUAACUGGGUAUUCAGAGAGAGGAGUUGGAGAUAAGGCCAUGGACAUGUUCAUCCAAUUAUUGAGAACAUCUGUUGAAAGGCCAGAUGAGUACACAUUUGCAGCCGUCAUCUCAGCCUCUGGAACACUACCGGCUUCAGAUUAUGGGAAACCCCUCCACGCGCAAGUUGAGAAAGCAGGAUUUCAGCAAAGUGUUUUUGUAGGAAGUACUCUAGUUUUCAUGUAUCUCAAGAAUUGUGAGAUGGAUUCUGCUAAUAAGUUAUUCAGUUUAGUUCCAGGGAAAGAUGAUAUUGUCUGGACGGAGAUGAUCACAGGUCAUUCUAAAAUGGGAGAUGGUGAAACUGCACUCAAGUACUUCUACUACAUGCAGCAGGAAGGCCAUAAGGCUGAUAGCUUUGCCCUAAGCAGUGCUUUGAGUUCAUGUGCAGAUCUUGCAACUCUGAAACAAGGUGAGAUGUUUCACACUCAGGUGGUAAAAGCAGGAUAUCAUGCGGACAUCUUUGUAUGUGGAAGCCUGGUUGAUAUGUACGCGAAAAAUGGUAACCUUAUAGCUGCUCAGUUAGUAUUCUCCAGUAGUUCAUACCCUGAUUUAAAAUGCUGGAAUUCAAUGCUUGGAGGAUAUAGCCACCACGGAAAAGCAGAGGAGGCUUUCAAGCUCUUUGAUGAGAUAGUAAAACAAGGUCUAAGACCCGAUGAAGUAACCUUUGUUUCUCUGCUCUCCACAUGCAGCCAUUGCGGCCUAGUCACAGAAGGGAAGUUCUUCUGGAACUACAUGAAGGAAAACAGCUUGGAACCAGGUCCUAAGCAUUACUCUUGCAUGGUAAGCCUGUUAAGUCGAGCAGGGUCAUUACAGGAGGCAAAGGAAUUGAUCCUAAAAUCAGCUCUUAGUGACAGUUAUCCAGAGUUGUGGAGAAUUUUGCUGAGCUGCAGUGUUAUGUACAAAAACUUGAGAAUAGGAGUCUAUGCUGCAGGGGAAGUUUUAAGAACAGAGCCAGAAGAUAGUGCAACACAUAUCUUGCUUUCGAAUCUCUAUGCUGCUGUGGGGAGAUGGGAUGCUGUUGCAGAGAUAAGGAAAAAAAUUAGAAGAUUGAUGUUGGAAAAGGAUCCCGGGCUAAGCUGGAUCGAGAUCAGAGACAUCAUUCAUGCUUUCUCUUCCGGUGAUCAAUCCCACCCACAUGUUGAUGAAGCCCGAGCCGAAUUGUAUAGACUACACAGAAACAUGGCAAGAUGGGAAACACAUGAAAUUUGCUGUAGGCUGCAUACAACAGUUAUGGGAGAAGUCAGAGGGGCUUCCUUUUCUCCUCUAAUAUAUGAAAUACAGUGAAACUUUGGAAGUUCUUGGUCUUCCAAUACACUUGUGACCAGGGUUGUCCCAUAAUGGGGAGGCUAAGUCCAGUGGAAACUGAACACAGAAUCUGUGAAUUCAUGUACAAAAGAAACUGAGAACUAAUUAAACAAUGGUCACGAGGUACAGUCACUGACGACAGUGGCCUGCUGUUAUCAUAUGAGCUACCAAAACUUCAGUGAAUCACAUUCACACAGGCAUCUCACCAUACUUUUUGCCUGAUAACGAAAUAUCCAGGUGACAAAGGAGUAGGGCCACAAUGUUCCCCAAUCCCACUCUGAGGAAUACACAAUAUAGAAAUAGCCUCUGCUGAAAAUAUUUCUCAGGUUCCACUUCAUCACUUCUGUAUCUGUCUCUAUAUCAAAUAUCCUUUGCCAUUGAGCAGAACCUCCACUAGAGCUCAAAUUUCCUCUUGUCCUGAGAUUGAAGGACAAUAUCCCAACAUCUCUGAAGCCCCAUGCUCUGUCUUCAUCUCCCUGGAAGAAACUACUAUCACCAUUCAACUCAAAUCCAAAUCGCUUUGGGUCCAGCCCUGCAAAAUUGAUCUGUGCACCUCCUCUAAAACCUCAUUCCUGCUCCAUUUCAAACUUGAGGCAAUCUCCUUUUACCCAGUUGUAUUUUAAAAAUAUUAAAAUAAAUUUAAGAUUCUAUCAAUGAUUCAUAUAUGUGUAUUUAGUAAAUUUAUUAAUGACAAAGGUGCAUUCAUUGUUUUAUA